CCUCCUUUCUUUUCCUCCGCUCUGGCUGCUGCACACCCACAUUCAUAGCACCCCGCUCCUGCGAUGGGCAUCCUGUGCUGUGGUUCCGAUCCGGUCGACUUCGAAGGCGAUGUCACGCUUUUCCACUUCGUCCUCCUCAAGAGCGUUGGUAAAGGUGCUUUCGGUAAAGUCCGAGUUGUUCAACACAAGCAGACCCGGGAAUUAUACGCGUUGAAGUAUAUCAACAAAGCAAAAUGCGUCAGAAUGAAGGCAGUCGCCAACGUCAUCCAGGAGCGACGGCUACUCGAAGAGGUCGACCACCCGUUCAUCGUCAAUCUUCGCUACGCCUUCCAAGAUGACGAAAACUGCUUCUUCGUAUUGGACCUCAUGCUUGGAGGCGAUCUUCGAUUUCACUUGGAGAGAAUGGGUUCCUUCUCAGAGCAGUCCGUCCGAAUCUACGUUGCUGAAAUCGGCUCAGCUCUAUCAUUCCUGCACGAGAAGAAGAUCAUCCACCGAGAUCUUAAACCGGACAACAUCCUGCUCGACGAACGAGGGCAUGCCCACAUCACGGACUUCAACAUCGCCGUUCACUACACAGAUCGUCGAUUGCUGGUCGGCGUAGCAGGAAGUCUGGCAUAUAUGGCUCCUGAGGUUCUCUCGAAAAGGGGAUACAGCUACUGGAUAGACUGGUGGUCUCUUGGCGUAUUGGCGUAUGAACUCAUCUUUACCAGACGACCAUUCCGGGGGAGAACAAAUCCGGACUUGACGCAUGCAAUCAGCCGGGAUCCUGUCAGAUAUCCCGAAGACUCGAAUGCGAAGUGCAGUAAGGAGGGGAAGAUGGCUCUUAAGGAUCUCUUAACACGAGAUCCUGACCGGCGAUUAGGUUGCAGGCCCGGAGGCGGAGGAGUGCGAGAUUUGCAGAAGCACCCUUGGUUUGCCGGACUAGAAUGGGACCUACUGGAACAAAAAGAAAUAAGACCACAGUUCGUCCCUGAUUCGAAGAAGGCAAACUUUGACUCAACACACGAGUUAGAGGAGUUAUUACUCGAAGACAACCCGCUUAAGGCUCGCAAACGAAGGGUCAAUCAAGAGAACCUGAGUGAGGAGAUGCGACAGAUGGAAGAGCAGUUCACCACCUACGACUUCAAGAAGAUGCAUCGACGUUCCUACUACCCGCACAACCAAGUAGCCUCACAAAUGACCACCUCAACAGGCUUCGUCUCCUCCCGACCUGACACUCCCAGUCUCACCGAGCGUGAAUACGCCGAAAUGGGACAACCGCAUAUCCGUGGUAUGAGUCUGGAUAGCCAUGACGCGUGCGAGACGCGAGGCGGUGUGCGUCGAUUGCCCGACGAGUAUGGGGCGAAUAACUACUCCUCAGAUGCGAUUCAGAUGAAUAAUAUUGAGAAGGGCGGGCACCAACCUUGACACCUCCUGUGUUAGCGGUAUCGCUCUUCUUCUUUUCUUUCUCUACCUGUCUUCCCUCUGGUUUUUCACUGCUUUUUUUUUUCGAGUCUGUGUUUUCUGUGCGGACGUUAAUCCUUCAGGCGUACCUUCUCUAAUGUUGUGUUUUCUUCCUUCUCCCUACUCCCUUCCGAUUAUUCGCCGUCGUCGUCGUCGUUUUUUUCUUUACAUAGUGACAUAGUGAAUGAAUAGCGUAAUUGUUCUGCUGAUAUCGAUAUUAGGGCCUUCUUC